AUGGCAAAAGCGAGUACGGAUCCGUUUGAUAAGAUGUUGCAACGAAGCAUUCAGGAGCUGCGUGAUUUACAGCCCACCCUAUUGGACGCUGCCACGUAUGCAGAGGAGGCCUAUCUUGUCACAGACCAAAAGGACAUAGAGCUGCACAACGUGAGGGACUAUGCUGUGAGCAUGCUGGUAUCCGUGGUGGAUCGCAUUGGCGCUGCUGCCGAUCGCUUCACGGACGCAGUCUCGCUGCAGGCCAAGGAGAUGGCUGCUGCUGACGUCAGAGUUGCGUCAGCUGCUGAGCGUGUGCGUGCGUGCUGGGAGUACUCAGGUCGCAACGCACUGAACCGACAGCAGCAGCCCAGGGCAACCAGCCGCAUGCCCAAGAGCUACCUGCUGCCAGCUGAGGCAGCACCGGCAACGUUGACACCAGCACUUGCAGCAGCAGCGCCACCAGCAUCAGUGCCACCAGCAUCAGCGGCUGCAGCAGCAGCAUGUAUGGAACGGGAGUGCUUCCAGUAUGGGUCGGGCUAUUCUUCUUCCCCUACGAGAGAUCCUCGAGGCUCUUCCCACACAGCUUUCUCCUCCUCGUCACUCCUCUCCUCAAUGCCCCUCGCUCCCCCAUCUGAAAGUCUGCUUGACAGCCUCGCUUCCUCCUCUCUUGUCCCCCGCUCUGCCACGGCUGGUGUGCCAUCUGUCCGCGCAUCUCUCGACUGCUUAGCCGGUCUACCACCCUCCUCCUCCUCCAUUUCCUCCUCCUCCUCCUUCCCGUCCUCCUCCUUCCCCUCCUCCUCCUUCCCUUCCUCCUCCUCCGCAAUCCCCUUCUCUUCAUCAACCCUCUCCAACCCAUCGUCUACAACACCACACUCUGCUGACAAGAUACUGUCGCGAAAACAGUCGCACUCACACAACCUCUCACACUCACCGAACCUCUCACACUCUCACAACCUCCCCCAUUUCUCCAACCUCUCUCGCUCGCACAACCUUUCACAGUCUCACAGUCUCAUGCACUCGCUCUCCCACUCGCUCUCCCAACACAUGGGGCAUCGAAGCUCGCACGCUCGGCAUAGCAAGGAGCCCACCACACCCAAGGCCCACUUCCCCCUUGUCGCCUCCUCUUUGCACACGGGAGGAGCCUUGGGUGGUGAUGACGUGGAGGGCAGUGAUAGGAGAUCCACCACGCCACAUCGACGCGGCCGACAACUCCUGAAAAAUAUCUUCUCACGUGGUGUUGGUGGUGGUGCUGGUGGUGGUUCUGGUGCUGGUGGUGCUGCUGGUGCUGCUGGUGCUGGUGCUGGUGCUGGUGGUGCAAGUGGGGCGUGGGUAAGGUGUGACGAUGCUGGUGCUGGUGCUGUAGGGGAUGGUAGUGGUGGUUAUAUGAGCACCCAAAGAGCCCAUGAUCGGGGGUUCUCUGGACAUCUCUGA